CACGGUGCAAGGGGCACCGCGCAGCACCCGGAGCAGCGCGUGCAGACCCCGGGAGCGGCUCGCGCCAGCCCGGCGGCAGCAGGACGCAGGCAGCCGCCGCUGUUGCUCCCUCGUCCCUCCCGCCUCCCCCUUCCUAUUGCACAUUCUCUCCUGGCGGCGGCGCCCCACUUUGCAGCAGCCCCACCAGCACCCGGGAGGAGGAGGAACAUGGCGACAGGGAGCAGCUGUGGGGAGCUGAGACGACCCUGCCUGGCAGCCCUGCUGCUGCUGCUUGCAUGGACCCCGUAUCCGGCUGCCGCCGCCGCCAGCACCCUGCUGCUGCACGGGGGGGCUGCACCCCGGCCUCAGGACCGGGGCUUCGCGCUGCUGCAAGGAGAAGCGCUGAGCCUGGGUGACAGAGGGACGGGCAGGGCAAGCGAGAGGCUCCAGCCGCGGAGGAAGAGGAGCGCCGCGGAGCUGCCGCAGCCGCAAGAGCCCAUUAAGGUGUAUGGACAGGUCAGCCUGAAUGAUUCUCACAAUCAGAUGGUCGUUCACUGGGCAGGAGAAAAGAGCAAUGUGAUUGUGGCCUUGGCUAGAGACAGCCUAGGGUUACUGAGGCCCAAGAAAAGCGAUGUUUAUGUGUCGUACGACUACGGGAAGACAUUUAAAAAGAUAUCGGAGAAAUUCAGCUUUGGUGCAGGGAACACCAGCGAUGUGGCCAUCUCACAGUUCUACCACAGCCCUGCUGACAACAAAAGGUACAUCUUUGUGGAUGCCUACACCCAGUACCUCUGGAUCACCAUGGACUUCUGCAGCAAUAUCCAGGGCUUCUCUAUUCCAUUCAGAGCCGCAGAUCUGCUGUUACACAGUAGGAUCCCUAACCUUGUUUUGGGCUUCGAUAAGUCUCAUCCCAACAAACAGCUCUGGCAAUCUGAUGAUUUUGGGCAGACCUGGAUAAUGAUUCAGGAACACGUGAAAUCUUUUUCUUGGGGCAUUGACCCAUAUGAUAAACUGAAUACAGUUUACAUAGAACGACAUGAGCCUACAGGGUCCUCAACUAUAAUUCGCAGCACAGAUUUCUUUCAAACCAGGGAAAAUAAAGAAAUCGUUCUGGAAGAGGUUGAAGACUUCCAACUCAGGGACAAGUAUCUGUUUGCCACAAAGACUGUGCAUUUAUUGGGCAGCCAGCAGCAAACUUCAGUCCAGCUCUGGGUUUCCUUCAACCGCAAGCCAAUGCGAGCUGCGCAGUUUGUAACCAGACAUCCAAUAAAGGAAUACUACAUUGCGGAUGCAUCCGAGGACCAGGUGUUCGUGUGUGUCAGCCACAGUAACAACCGCACCAACCUCUACAUCUCAGAAGCAGAAGGCCUGAAGUUUUCUCUGUCUUUAGAAAAUGUGCUGUACUACAGCCCUGGAGGGGCGGGCAGCGAUACCCUGGUCAGGUAUUUUGCCAACGAGCCUUUUGCAGAUUUCCACCGUGUCGAGGGUGUGAGAGGAGUGUACAUCGCCACCCUGAUAAACGGCUCGUUCAGCGAAGAGAACAUGAGGUCUGUCAUCACCUUUGACAAAGGUGGAACCUGGGAAUUCCUGCAGGCUCCGGCGUAUACAGGUUAUGGAGAAAAGAUAGAUUGCGAGUUUUCAAAGGGCUGCUCUCUUCAUCUGGCCCAGCGACUGAGUCAGCUGCUUAACUUCCAGUUGCGUAGGAUGCCCAUUCUCUCCAAAGAAUCUGCUCCAGGACUGAUCAUUGCCACAGGCUCGGUGGGCAAGAACAUGGCAAGCAAAACGAACGUGUACGUUUCCAGCAGUGCAGGAGCGAGGUGGAGAGAGGCACUGUCCGGCCCCCAUUACUACACUUGGGGUGACCAUGGUGGCAUUCUUGUCGCAAUAACACAGGGCACAGAGACAGACCAGCUCAAGUACAGCACAAAUGAAGGGGAGACUUGGAAAACGUUCACUUUCUCAGAGAAACCGGUAUUUGUGUACGGGCUUCUCACUGAGCCAGGGGAGAAGAGCACAGUGUUCACCAUCUUCGGCUCCUAUAAAGAGAACGGCCACAGCUGGCUGAUACUGCAGAUUAACACCACUGACGUGCUCGGCGUCCCUUGCACAGAAAACGAUUACAAACUGUGGUCACCCUCCGACGAGCGAGGUAAUGAGUGCUUACUGGGGCAUAAGACAGUUUUCAAAAGGAGGACUCCUCAUGCGACCUGCUUCAAUGGGGAAGAUUUUGAUAGACCAGUUAUGGUCUCCAACUGCUCAUGUACAAGAGAAGACUUUGAAUGUGAUUUUGGUUUUAAACUGAGCGAUGACUUAUCAUUAGAAGUUUGUGUCCCUGAUCCUGAAUUUGCUGGGAAACCAUAUUCCCCACCUGUGCCUUGUCCCGUUGGCUCGACGUAUAGAAAGACUAGAGGCUACCGCAAGAUCUCGGGUGACACCUGUUCAGGAGGAGACAUUGAAUCACGGCUAGAAGGGGAGCUGGUGCCAUGCCCUCUAGCAGAAGAGAAUGAGUUUAUUCUGUAUGCCACGCGCUACUCCAUCCACCGGUACGAUCUCUCUUCUGGAAUCAGCGAGGAGUUGCCUCUAACUGGAUUGCGAGGGGCAGUGGCUCUGGAUUUUGAUUACGACCACAACUGUUUGUACUGGGCAGAUGUGACGCUUGACAUUAUCCAGCGUCUUUGUCUAAACGGCAGCUCCGGACAGGAGAUAAUCAUUAGCACUGGCCUAGAAACAGUGGAAGCGUUGGCCUUUGAACCUCUCAGUCAGUUGCUUUACUGGGUGAAUGCUGGUAUUCCAAAAAUUGAGGUUUCCAACCCAGAUGGAGACUUGCGAUUUACUGUUCUGAAUUCCUCUGUACUCGAACGACCCAGAGCCCUAGCUUUGGUGCCUAAAGAAGGGUUGAUGUUCUGGACAGACUGGGGAGACUCUAGACCUGGCAUUUACAGAAGCGAUAUGGAUGGUUCGUCGGCCAGUUGCAUUGUCUCUGAAGGAGUGAGAUGGCCAAAUGGCAUUUCUGUGGAUGAUCACUGGAUCUAUUGGACGGAAGCCUAUAUGGAUAGAAUCGAGAGGAUUGAUUUCAAUGGGAUGCAGAGAUCUGUGAUACUGGAUAGUCUUCCUCAUCCCUAUGCUAUUGCUGUAUUUAAGAAUGAAAUCUACUGGAAUGAUUGGUCGCAGCUGAGUAUUUUUAGAGCAUCUAAAUACAGUGGGUCGAGAAUGGAGAUUUUAGUUGGCCGAUUAAAUGGGAUCAUGGAUAUGAAAAUCUUCUACAGAGGAAAGACAACAGGGCAGAAUGCCUGCAUCACCAAGCCUUGCAGUUUGUUGUGUUUGCCCAAAUCAAACAACAGCAGAAGCUGCAAGUGUCCUGAGGGAGUCUCCAGCAGCGUGCUCCCAUCAGGGGAAGUGAAGUGUGAUUGUCCACAUGGAUACGUGCUGAAGAACACCACCUGCAUCAAGGAAGAUAACACCUGUCUGCCUAACCAGUAUAGAUGCUUCAACGGGAAUUGCAUCAACAGCAUUUGGCAGUGUGACAACGAUAACGAUUGCGGAGACAUGAGCGAUGAGAAGAAUUGCCCCACAACAGUCUGUGAUAGCGAGACUCAGUUCCGCUGCCAGGGCUCGGGGACCUGCAUCCCGCUGUCCUAUAAAUGUGACCUGGAGGACGACUGUGGAGAUAACAGCGAUGAAAGCCACUGCGAAGCUCACCAAUGUAGAAGUGAUGAAUUCAGCUGCAGCUCGGGGAUGUGCAUUCGUCUUUCUUGGAUGUGUGACGGCGAUAACGACUGCAGGGACUGGUCAGAUGAAGCGAACUGCACUGCAGUAUACCAUACAUGCGAAGCUUCCAGUUUCCAGUGUCACAAUGGGCAUUGCAUUCCCCAGCGGUGGGCAUGCGAUGGCGACGCCGACUGCCAGGAUGGCUCCGAUGAGGACCCUGUCAAGUGUGAAAAAAAGUGCAACGGUUUCCAGUGUCCGAAUGGAACCUGCAUCCCAAAUAGCAAGCACUGUGAUGGGCUGCAUGACUGCUCUGAUGGCUCUGACGAACAGCACUGCGACCCUCUGUGUACUCGCUACAUGGACUUUGUGUGUAAGAACCGGCAGCAGUGUUUGUUCCACUCCAUGGUGUGUGACGGCAUUGUGCAGUGUCGGGAUGGCUCGGAUGAAGAUGCCAACUAUGCUGGAUGCUCCCAAGACCCAGAGUUUCACCGGACCUGCGACCAGUUCAACUUUCAGUGCCAGAAUGGCGUGUGCAUCAGUUUGGUGUGGAAAUGUGACGGGAUGGAUGAUUGUGGGGAUUACUCUGAUGAAGCAAACUGUGAAAACCCAACGGAAGCGCCGAACUGCUCUCGCUACUACCAGUUCCAGUGUGAGAAUGGCCACUGCAUCCCUAACCGGUGGAAAUGCGACGAGGAGAAUGACUGUGGUGAUUGGUCUGACGAGAAGGACUGUGGCGGUUCACAGAUCCUUCCCUUUACGACAUCUGCCCCAGCAACAUGUUUACCUAACCACUUCCGUUGCAACAGCGGCGCCUGUAUCAUGAACAGCUGGGUUUGCGAUGGAUAUCAGGACUGCACAGAUGGCUCAGAUGAGGAAGCCUGCCCUACUUUAUUAGCCAACGUAACUGCGACUUCCGCCACCUCCCUCGGCCGGUGCAGCAGGUUUGAGUUUGAGUGUCAGCAACUGAGGAAGUGCAUCCCUAACUGGAAGCGAUGUGAUGGCUUGAGAGACUGCCAAGAUGGCACGGAUGAAAUGAACUGUCCUACUCACAGCACACUGUCAUGCCCUAAUGGUUAUAAAUGUGAAGAUGGGGAAGCCUGUAUCAUGACAACAGAACGGUGUGAUGGAUUUCUGGACUGUUCAGAUAGUAGCGACGAGAGAAACUGCACUGAUGACACAAUUGUGUACAAAGUCCAGAAUCUCCAGUGGACGGCUGAUUUCUCUGGUGAUGUCACUUUAACGUGGGCCCGACCUAAAAAAAUGUCCUCAACAUCUUGUGUGUAUAAUGUCUAUUACAGGAUGGUUGGCGAAAGCAUUUGGAAAACGUUAGAAACUCACAGCAACAAAACAAACAGUAUCUUAAAAGUCCUCAAGCCAGAUUGCACCUAUCAGGUCAAAGUUCAGGUCCAGUGCCUCAGCAAAGUGUACAACACCAAUGACUUUAUUACUCUGCGUACGCCGGAGGGAUUACCCGAUCCCCCCCUUCAUCUUCAGCUGUCCCUAAAGAAAGAGCUGGAAGGUGUGGUGAUCGCGCGCUGGGCUCCGCCCAUGUCUGCCCACGGCCUGAUCCGAGAGUACAUUGUGGAAUACAGUAGAAGUGGUUCCAAGGAGUGGUCCUCACUUAGAGCCAGUAAGAACUAUACCGAGAUUGAGAACUUGCAGGUCAACAAAUUAUACACACUAAGAGUUGCUGCAGUAACUAGUCGGGGCGUAGGAAACUGGAGUGAUUCCAAAUCCAUAACCACCAUGAAAGGCAAAGUCAUCCCACCGCCUACCAUCCGUAUUGAGAGUUACAAUGAAAACUCCAUAAGUUUCUCCCUGAAAGUGGACACUAACAUUAAGGUGAAUGGUUAUAUCGUAAACUUCUUCUGGACCUUCGAUACCCACAGGCAAGAAAAAAGGACUUUGUUCCUAGAUGGUGAAAAGUCAGCACAAACAGUGGGUAAUUUGACAGCACACACACCGUAUGAAAUUUCUGCUUGGGCCAAGACCGCACUGGGUGACAGCCCUUUGUCUUUUGCACAUGUUGUGACCAACGGUACGAGACCCAUGUCGCCAAGCCUCAAAGCCAAAGCCAUCAAUCAGACUGCUGUGGAGUGUAACUGGACUGGACCGAGGAACGUCGUCUAUGGUGUUUUCUAUGCCACAUCGUUCCUGGAACUAUAUAGAAACCCUUAUAACACCACCACUGCUUUACACAACAUCACUGUGAUCGUGAACAGGGACGAGCAGUACCUGUUUCUGGUCCGUGUGAUGUCUCCGUACCAAGGACCACCUUCCGACUACAUCGUGGUGAAGAUGAUACCGGACAAUAGGCUUCCCCCUCGGCAUCUGCAUUCUGUGCUCACCAGAAAGACAUUUGCUGUCAUCAAGUGGGAGUCGCCCUACGAUUCGCCUGACCAGGAUAUGCUGUACGCUGUUGCAGUAAAAGAUUUAAUUAAAAAAACAGAUAAAAUCUACAAGGUGAAAACCCGUAACAGCACAGUGGAAUACACCAUUAAAAAGCUGGAGCCGGGAGGAAAAUAUCACAUAAUUGUUCAACUCGGAAACAUGAGCAAAGAAUCCAAUAUGAAAAUUACUACAGUUUCACUCUCUGCACCAGAUGCCUUAAAAAUUAUAACGGAAAAUGAUCAUAUUCUGCUUUUUUGGAAGAGUUUAGCCUUGAAAGAAAGUAAUUUUAAUGAAAGCCGGGGUUACGAGAUACACAUGUUUGACAGCACGAUGAAUAUCACAGCUUAUCUUGGGAACACCACAGAGAACUUCUUCAAAAUUUCCAACCUGAAGAUAGGCCACAACUAUUCAUUCACAGUUCAGGCCCGAUGUCUUUAUAGCGGACAGAUGUGUGGGGAGCCUGCUACACUUCUGUACGAUGAUCUAGGAACUGGUGAAGAUGCCUCUGCGUCUAAAAUUGGUAAAUCCACAGAUGUAGCUGCCAUCGUGGUCCCGAUAUUAUUCCUAUUGCUUGUGACCAUGGGAAUAGGGUUUGUUGUAUUAUACAUGAGACACAGAAGACUGCAGAAUAGCUUCACUGCCUUUGCAAAUAGCCACUACAGCUCCCGCCUUGGGUCAGCCAUAUUCUCUUCCGGUGACGAUUUAGGAGAGGACGACGACGAAGCCCCUAUGAUAACUGGAUUCUCAGAUGACGUUCCCAUGGUCAUCGCAUGAAGCGCAUUUCUGACUGUAAACCAAAUGGUGUAAAUAUUUUAUUUGAUAAAAAUAGUUGAUGGUUUAUUUUAAAAAUG